GUAACAUAACCAUACAUUUCACAUACAUCACCCUGGUCGCCGAUAACGGCAUGCGGCCCCGCCAAUAGCAUAUCGUUUGCGACGCACAACGCCUGAAAAGUAGAAAUGUCCACAGACAGCGACGAGGAUGGGCACCCCUUAGACGAGUAUUUGGCCAAUGCUGCAAGGCGAGCACGCCAAGCGCCCGGGUCAGCGGCGGCCGAUGAGGCCGAUAGCGAAGGCGCGCCGGCCAGCAACGGGGAUGACGACGGCGAGGACGUGGACCUUCCACUGACGGAGGGGGAGGAUGACGACACGGGCGGGGACGUCGCCGGGGGUGGUGGGAGCCAGUCGCUCUCCGAGGGUGGGGGCCACGACGGCAGCGGCUCGGGCGGCGAGGAGGAGGGCGAGGUCAGCGGCGACGCUGGCGACGAUGACGACGACAACGACGACAACGACGACGACGAUGAGCAGGGGCAGCGCGGUGCCGGUGGAAACCGUGGCGGCCGCGGCGAGGAGGUGGUGGAGAUAUCUGACGACGAUGACGACAACGGGGAGGACGCUCGUGACGCUCUGGCGUCAGGGUCUGGGGAGGGCUAUGACAGCGACGGCAGCGGGGCGGACGAGUCGGAGGAUGACCGUGCGGAGCCGCCGGGCACGGAGCGCGGCGCGGCGGGCGGGGGCGGAUCCGGCCGCACGUGCACAGACGACGGCAGUGACGACGAGGAUGGGGAUGGCGGCGAGGGGCAGGGCGGGGCUGGGGGCGCUGGCGAGCGCGCGGAAGCCGCCGAGGGGCGGCGGCGCGCGUCGCCGGCGGCGGCAGCGGCAGAUGCGGUGGCUGCGGCGGCGGCAUGCGGCGGCGGUCAAGCAGCAGCAGCACCAGCGGCAGCGGCGCCAGCCGCAUCAGCAGCAGCUGCAGCUGCGGCGCCGGCGGACAAGCCAGCCAAGACCGGCACCAAGCGGAAAGCUGAGGGCGACGCUGGGGCUGAUGGCGGCGGUGCGGCAGGGUCCGGCGGCGCGGCGCCGGCGGCCAAGCGGCAGGCGCUGGCGGCGCCGGGGGCGCGGCCGGUGGGUGUGGUGAUUGUGGACGACACCGCGGACAUAGUUCGGGACUUUGAGAUGACCAAGCUGUUGCGCAACCCGCGCUACUUCGACGACUACACAGAGGUGGCGCCCACCUACCGCUGCUUCAACUGCGGUCAGGCGGGCCACGCGGCGCGCGACUGUACCAACGCGGCGCGCGUCAAGCCCUGCUACCUGUGCGCGCAGUUCGGACACGACGGCCGCGACUGCCCCAACCGCCUGUGCUUCCGCUGCGGGCGGCCGGGGCACAAGGUGCGCGAGUGCCGCGUGAACCCGGCGGCGGCCGCGGAGGACAAGCCCUGCCGCCGCUGCGGCCGCCGCGACUGCGACGCCGCGGGCAAAGGCGACUACUUCAGGUACGAGGGCGGCUGCUCGCGGCCCUACCAGUCCACGGACCUGCGCCACGUGCGCUGCAUGAGCUGCGGCGAGCCGGGUCACCUGAGCUGCCAGCCCGUGCCCAAGGACGCGGUCACUCCCAGCUGCUACAACUGCGGGCGGCUGGGCCACUACGGCGAGUCCUGCCCCUCCGGCAGCCGCCCGCACCUGCUGGCGGAGCGCAAGGACGACGAGGAGCGCGCGGCGGCGGACCUGCUCGAGUACGAGAUGGAGAUGGAGAGGCAGUACGAGCAACAGCGCGCACAGCGGGAGACGCAGGGUCGCGGCGGGUACGGCGGAUACGGUGGUGGCGGCGGCGGGCGAUACAACGAGGCAUCCUACGACCGCGGCGGCGGCGGAGGGCGCUACCAGGGCGGCUAUGGAGGGGCCGGCGACGGUGGCGGCUACGGGGGAGGGGCCGGAGGCGGCUACGGGGGAGGAGGGUACGGCGGUGGAGGCUACGGUGGAAUGUUAGUCGGCGGGGGCUACGGCGGCGGCGGUUACGGUGGCGGCGGUUACGGUGGAGGAGGCGGUGGUGGAGGCUACGGAGGCGGCAGCCGCAGCGCGCAGGUGGAAUGGGGCUAUGAGGGCCGCUCGCAAGACCGGCAUGGGGGCGGCGGCGCGGGACGGCGGGCCUUCUCGCCUGACAGCUUCCCUCGCAACGGCGGCGGGAGAGACCGCGGCGACGACCGGCGGCCUAAGACGCCGCGCUGGUAGCGUGGAGGAGGCUUUUGGGGGGGGGGGGGGGUGACGCAGCGCGGGCAACUUUCGGGUAUGUGACGCUGUGUGUACAGACUUGGUGGCGAGGGGACGUCCCGUAGGAUUGAGGUAGUUAGGAAGAACCCGCUGCAGGCUGGCAGAGUUGAGCCAAGGUAGCAGACUUGCAUGGCGGAAAGAGGCCUGUGAUGGGCGGGAGGAGGCGGAUGAUGCCGCUGCGUGUGUGGCGUGGAGGCACGUCGCGGGGUCGAUGUGGUGCACGUCUGUCUCUGCACCUGCUACACUCAAAAUUGAAGCUUAUCGCUUGCAAGAACUCUGCAUGUAACAAUCAGCGAGU